AUGGUACAGGCGCUCACGCAGUGUGCUGCUGCGACAGGUACAGGAUUGGUGCUGGCUGUGCUGCGCCUUGGACUCUGUGGCCGCUGUGUCUCGGACAGCGUCAUUCGGGAACUCGGACCUGCACUGAACACUGUGGAAGAGCUUCAGAUGCAGGGAUGCUAUCGGCUGUCGGACGCAGGAUGCAAAGGACUUGUGCGACGCUGUGCGCCGUCGCUCGAGUCGCUUGAACUUUCGUGCAAUCAGCGGAUCACGAAGCAGUCGAUCGAUUACUUUUGUGAACUCAAGCAAUUGCACUCGUUGACGCUGUCCGAGUGUCCACAACUGGACGAUGCGAGUUUAGCCUCGCUUAAGAGCAUGAGUCAGUUGAGGAAGUUGAAGCUGAACCAAUUGGAACGCCUGUCGGACGCCUUCUUUGUCUCGUUGGCACAGAGUUUACCGGAUCUAGAGGAAGUCUCGGUAGCACGAUGUUCGCAACUGACCAACACAGCGGUGAGAGGGAUUCUUGACGCUUGUCGUGGGUUGAAAGAGAUGGAUGUGUCCGACUUGCACCAGAUCACCGACGAGUGCUUUGAACCUGUUCGAGAUCAUGGCCACGCGCUUCGCCGCGUUUCCAUGCGCUGCUGCUUGGAGCUAACAGAUGUGGCAUUCCAGCACAUUGCUUUUGGAGCCAAAGCGUAUCUUGAAAGACUCGAAAUGUCGAGUGUGUCGCAAGCCACCGAUGCUGCGAUGAUGGCCUUGUUGGAACAUUGCGCAUCCAGUUUAACAACGCUCGAUAUCUCCUUCUGUCGGAAUAUCAGGGAGGACGCACUGGGCGUUUUGACCGAUGGAGCCGACAAUCUCCGCUCUUUGGUGCUCUGGGGUUGCACACAGAUCACGGCCCGCUUUCUCACAUGUCACACUCGAGACGAGAUGCUCGUCACAGGCCAUCCUCUACUCACAGGCCUCUCUGUUCGAUACUGA